AUGUCCGAUCGGCGUAGAAAGAUUGAUUUACGAAUCAUUCGUAUUGCAGAUAAACUUGAACUAAGUCAUUCAGAAUGUGCAAAGAUUCCAUUUCCUACGAAAAUAGUAUAUGACUGGUCAAAAUGUUUACGUACAUUAAAAGGUAUUUUAAAUAAUUUUUUGAAUGGAGAGUUAUCUGAUGAAGAAGUGCGAGAUUCAAAAAUUUUAGGAAUUCAGUUUUCUGGUCUACACAGUCAGAUUAUAGGAAUAGAACUUUUAGAUGAUGGUUGUACUUCGGACUUGAAGGUCCAACUUUUGAAUUUCCGACACAACUUAUGA